AGCAGAUCAUGGAAGAAGCUGUCACCCGGAAAUUUGUACAUGAAGACAGCAGUCACAUCAUCGCCUUAUGUGGUGUUGUGGAAGCGUGCCUCCUGCACAUGCUGAAGCGCAGGGCUGCCGGCUUCCUGCGGACUGACAAGGUGGCUGCGCUGUUCACCAAAGUUGGCAAGACGUACGCAAUAGCUGGAGACAUAUGCAGGAAAGUGCAGGAACUGCAGCAGCAGGCAGAAGGCAGGAAAAAUCAGCCAAAUGGGCAGGAACCCCUCAAGAGGCAGGGAUCAACCACAAGCAAAACACCUGUCCUGACGCCUCAGGCCAUCAAACACAUCUGGGUUCGGACAGCAUUGAUUGAGAAAGUGCUCGACAAGAUCGUGCAGUAUAUUGUUGAUAACUGCAGUAAAUAUUAUGAAAAAGAAGCUUUACUGGCAGAUCCUGUUUGUGGCCCAAUACUGGCUUCUCUCCUAGUUGGACCAUGUGCUCUGGAGUACACCAAGCUAAAAACAGCUGAUCACUACUGGACAGACCCUUCGGCAGAUGAGCUUGUUCAGCGACACCGGAUUCAUGGAGUACACGGCCGCCAAGACUCUCCUUCGAAGCGCCCAGCCCUGGGAAUCCGGAAACGGCACUCAAGUGGGAGCACGUCAGAAGAUCGCUUUGCUGCUUCGGCAAGAGAGUAUGUGGAGUCUUUGCACCAGAAUUCCCGGACACACCUCUUGUACGGGAAAAACAACGUCUUAGUCCAGCCGAAAGAUGACUUGGAGGCAAUUCCUGGGUAUCUCUCCCUUCAUCAGUCAGCAGAUAGUUUGACUUUAAAAUGGACUCCAAAUCAGCUGAUGAAUGGAACCCUUGGAGAUUCAGAGCUGGAGAAAAGUGUUUACUGGGACUACGCAUUAAUAGUGCCACUCAGCCAGAUCGUCUGCAUUCACUGCCAUCAGCAACCAGAAAGCAGAUGGACGUUAGUCUUGGUGAGUCAGGAUGGAACUCAGAGACCUCCGCUGCACUUCCCUCAAGGAGGUCACCUCCUCGCCUUUCUUUCCUGUCUGGAAAAUGGUCUUCUGCCUCGUGGUCAGCUGGAACCACCACUUUGGUCCCAACAGGGCAAGGGUAAGGUAUUUCCAAAGCUUCGAAAACGGAACAGCAACAAAUCAGUGGACCUAGAGGAAAUGCAAGCUGAAGACACUUCUACAGACUAUGUGUUCAGAAUUAUCUAUCCAGGACACAAGCAUGAUAACAACACCAGCGAAAUGAUAGAGAUGCAAGGCUUUGGGGCAAACCUGCUUUCGUGGCAGCUGGAGCACUGCAGCCAAGGAUCCUCCUGUGUCUCCUGUUCAACAGGCAGCUCUCCCUACGAUAUACCCAGCUGUUGCAACUGCAUCCACGAUAGAACUCCGUUAAAGAUGUUGUGUGAAAGCAUGAAGAGGCAAAUAGUUUCCAGAGCCUUUUAUGGAUGGCUUGCCUACUGCCGCCAUUUGUCAACAGUGCGAACCCAUCUGUCCGCCCUCGUGAACCACACCAUCAUCCCACCUGACAAACCAUCCAGCGCCACAGGAGGCCUGACUAAAGAGGUUUGGAGCAAGUAUCAGAAGGACAAGAAGAAUUACAAGGAACUGGAAUUACUAAGAAGAGUUUACUACGGUGGGGUACAGCACGAGAUUCGGAAGGAAGUGUGGCCGUUCUUGUUAGGUCACUACAAAUUUGGCAUGGCCAAAAAGGAAAUGGACCAGGUGGAUGAAGACAUUGCUCUCCGGUAUCAGAAGGUCAUGGCUGAGUGGAAAGCCUGUGAGGUGAUUGUAAAGCAGCGAGAGAAAGAAUCACAUUCUGCCACGCUGGCGAAGUUUUCGUCGGGCAGCAGCAUUGACAGCCACGUCCAGCGGCUGAUUCACAGGGACUCCACCAUCAGCAACGAUGUCUUUAUAUCUGUAGAUGAAACGGACUCAGCGGAGCAGGACGCGAAAGGUCAGGACGACCCCGCUUUCACCGUGGUGUCUGCAGAGGCACCAGCAGCAGCAGCCGCCGUAGAGCAACAGUCUGUGGAGUUUGACUCCCCCGACUCUGGGCUGCCAUCCUCGAGGAACUACUCUGUGGCCUCAGGCAUCCUGUCCAGCAUCGAUGACGGACAGAGUGUCUCCUUCGAAGAUGGGGCUGAAGAAGAAGCUAGCACUGACUUGGAAAGGACUGAUCCAGACAUACCACGUAUGCAGAAAGCCAAGUCAGCUGUACUUCAGUCGCAGGAUUCUGUAUCAGAAGAGCAGCUGUGUUCCCAGGUGGAUUAUUUAAUGGAUGUUGCUUCUGUCUGCACUGCAUCCUACACGAUAGAGUUAUUGGACACUGUUGCCUUAAAUUUGCACAGAAUUGAUAAAGAUGUCCAGAGGUGUGAUCGGAAUUACUGGUAUUUUACUGCCGAUAACCUAGAGAAACUCCGAAAUGUCAUGUGCAGUUAUGUUUGGGAGCACCUAGAAGUUGGUUACGUUCAAGGCAUGUGUGACCUCCUGGCUCCUUUGAUGGUUAUACUUGACAAUGAUCAACUGGCUUACAGCUGCUUCAGCCACCUGAUGAAGAGGAUGAGCCAGAACUUCCCCAACGGAGGUGCUAUGGACACACACUUUGCCAACAUGCGGUCCCUAAUCCAAGAUGCUUGCUGAAUGGGGGUUUUUUGGAUGGAUUUAAGGCCUAGACAUUCCACCCCAGAAAGCACCAGGCACCUGAGCAAGAUUAGUGUGAAGAGCGAGAAUCAGGAUAAGCCAUUAUUUGGUUUGAUAGAUGGUAUAUUAAAAAGUAAUGAAAAUAGGGGUCAGUCAACAAAGAAGAUGGCCAGCACAGCAAAUGCAGGUAGCACACGAACAUAUGGCCGCAGUGUUUCUGUUGAGCAGCAAGACUGCCAAGAGGAUGCCACCCUGCUUAUCCAGCAGCCCCUAGGAUGAAAUCUGUGAGGAAGACUAUAGAUGUACUUACACAUUUAAGACAUCUAUCAGACAGUUGGCAAGUAGUUGUUCAGUUCCAGAGAGCUUGGAUGUUGCAGUGUGGGACUGUGAUCAUCAGAAUUACCAGCUUGCAGCAAAAAAGUCCCUUCUCCUCCUUGUCUCCAGGUGAAUGGAUUUUGCUCUUUGCACCCCAGCUCCUAUGUUACAAUCUGAGAGUAGAGUUGGGUGGGAAGAUGAAAAUUUGCCACUUAAUGAAAAUCCGUAGGAUCUGUGACUUGCUGCUUGGGCCUUUAAAAUCACUGUUGUCGCCUCAUACCUGCGCAGCAGUAACUCUUCACCUCAUCAGUCUGCGUCAGGGCACCCCCACCACCGGCAUUUUGCAAACAUAGCAAAAGGACAGCUCUGCGCUAAGCAGCGGCUGCUGACUAACUGCAGGAUCUGGCAAUGCAGAGCAGCGUGGGAGCCUUAGCCAGCUGCCAACACCUUUGGUCUUGGCUACUUUCAGACAAGAUACUGACAGCUGAUGUUUUGCAUUUUAGAUUCUAGACUCGGAGCUUUUUGAGUUGAUGCACCAGAAUGGAGAUUACACUCACUUUUACUUCUGCUACCGCUGGUUCCUGCUUGAC